AUGGUUCGCGGGCGUCCAAUGGGCGGUUUGGUUCCGAAGCCAACUAAGAAUGAAAAGUUUGCUUCAAACGAUGCUGUCAUGCAAGAUUGGUUCCAAAACAAAGUAGACCAUUUCAACACCUCGAACAACGCUGUUUAUCAACAGAGAUACUGGUACAAUCAACAAUGGUACAAGAAAGGAGGACCGGUAUUCCUGAUGCUGGGAGGAGAAUCAGCCGAGGAUCCGUACUGGGUUCAAGACGGUAUGAAAAAGGCUUAG